UGGGAGUUUGGAGCUCGACAGAGAGGGAGAGGGUCCGCUGGUGAGCUGUAGAUCAUCGCAUGGGUUCCUCUCUGUUGAUCUCUCUCUGUUGUCUUCGCAGUUUAGCAGUGGGAGUUCCGGGAUAUGUCCACUCGGGUAUGUAGUUUGAUGACUGGGUGCUAUUCAGUGGUGUUAUGUUGUCAGAUGAUAGAAUAGGCCAGAAACGUGUCCCCUUCCGUUCGCUGCAUCUCCAGUGUUUGCCUGGCAAACUAGCUGGCUAGCCCCGUUUUUUCCUCACAAAUAGCUAAUAUGAUGUCCUCAUUCACAAACACCAGCUGUUUUAAAAUCGUAUCUAACGCACAUUACUUUUUUUCUUUCAGCUCCCUUGCCUCUGUGGAUUUAAGUCAAUCUGAAAUAUGAACAGAAGAAGAAAAUAAGCAGAGAAGGCUGGUUUCCUGUGGGAAUCUACUCAGCCUUUUUUGUCUCUUUUUUUUUUUUUUUUUUUUUUUUUUUUACCGGAGGACAUGUCUAGUCUGUGGAGCAAAACAGUGAGGAGCUAGCUGGUCGACACCCUGGCUAGCGCAACAUUUCUAGCCUUUUCAGAUGAUUGUCCAGCUGAGGAGUUAAUUUGUUUCGGACCUUCUUGGAGUAAGGAGUCAGCAUGGGGGAGCCCAGCCUGGACGACUCCAAUGUCAAGGUGGCUGUGCGAGUACGGCCCAUGAACAGGAGAGAAAAGGAGCUAAACACAAAAUGUGUUGUGGAAAUGUCGAAGAACCAGACGAUCCUCCAUCCCGCUGGAGCCAACUUAGGAAAAGCAGACUCUCGGAAUCAGUCCAAGGUUUUUGCCUACGAUUAUUGCUUCUGGUCCAUGGAUGAGACAGAAAAGGAAAAAUAUGCAGGUCAGGAGGUGGUGUUCCAGUGCCUUGGGGAAAGUCUUCUCCACAACGCCUUCCAGGGCUACAAUGCCUGUAUAUUUGCCUAUGGACAAACUGGUUCAGGGAAGUCAUACACCAUGAUGGGCUCGGGGGACCAGCCAGGGCUGAUUCCUCGUCUCUGCAGCGCCUUGUUUGAACGAACCAAGGAGGAGCAGCAGGAGGGGGAGAGCUUCACUGUUGAGGUGUCCUACAUGGAGAUCUACAACGAGAAGGUCCGAGAUUUGCUCGACCCAAAGGGGGGCAAACAAACUCUGAGGGUGAGGGAACAUAAAGUUUUGGGGACCUACGUUGAUGGCCUGUCACGACUAGCUGUAGCCAGCUACAAGGACAUCGAGUCUCUGAUGUCGGAGGGGAACAAGUCUCGCACCGUAGCUGCUACCAACAUGAAUGAGGAGAGCAGUCGAUCACACGCCGUCUUCAACAUCAUCCUCACGCACACACUCAAAGACCUGCAGUCUGGGACGAGUGGGGAGAAGGUGAGCCGCUUAAGUCUGGUAGACCUGGCUGGAAGUGAGCGAGCAGCAAAAACCGGAGCAGCAGGAGAGCGACUGAAGGAAGGAAGCAACAUCAACAAGUCCCUUACUACACUUGGCCUGGUCAUUUCUGCACUAGCUGAACAGGGAACGGCCAAGAACAAGACCAAGUUUGUUCCAUAUAGAGACUCAGUUUUGACGUGGCUGCUGAAGGACUGCCUAGGAGGCAACAGUCGCACUGCCAUGGUGGCAACCGUGAGCCCAGCGGCUGACAACUACGAGGAAACCCUGUCAACGCUGCGCUACGCUGACCGAGCGAAGAACAUUGUUAACCACGCUGUCGUUAACGAAGACCCAAAUGCACGCAUCAUCAGGGAGCUGAGGGAAGAAGUAGAGAAACUCCGAGUGCAGCUUACACAGGCAGAGUCAAUGAAAGCUCCAGAGUUGAAAGAGCGCCUGGAAGAGUCUGAGAAGUUAAUCCAAGAGAUGACCUACACCUGGGAGGAGAAACUCAGAAAAACUGAGGAGAUUGCACAGGAACGUCAGAAGCAGCUGGAGAGUCUGGGGAUUUCCCUUCAGUCAUCAGGGAUCAAAGUUGGAGAUGAUAAAAGUUUUCUUGUCAACCUGAAUGCGGAUCCUGCCCUAAAUGAGCUGCUGGUGUACUAUCUGAAGGAACACACACGGGUGGGCUCAGCAGACUCCCAGGACAUCCAGCUAUGUGGGAUGGGUAUCCAGGCAGAGCACUGUGUCAUUGACAUUACACUGGAGACUGCUGUCAUCCUCACCCCCUACCCUAACGCUCGGACAUGUGUUAAUGGUUCUCCAGUAACCAGUGCUUUGCAACUUCACCAUGGUGACCGGAUCCUCUGGGGAAACAACCACUUCUUCAGAAUCAAUCUGGCAAAGCGGCGUUCACAACCAACAGAAGAAGAAGAGGGUGAAGGCGGCGUGUUGAAGAACAGCGGCAGCAGUGAGCAGCUGGAUGCAGACGGUGACACAGCCAGCGAAGUCUCCAGCGAGGUCAGCUUCUCUUAUGAGUUCGCGCAGACGGAGGUCAUGAUGAAGGCCCUGGGCAACAAUGACCCCAUGCAGGCAGUCCUCCAGACUCUGGAGAGGCAGCACGAGGAGGAGAAGCGCUCUGCUCUGGAGCGUCAGAGGCAGAUGUACGAGCAGGAGCUUCAGCAGCUUCGCAAGAAGCUAAACCCAGACCGUCUGUCCACAGGCCAGUCUGGGCAGAUGUCUGGCCAACAAGGACAAGGACAGCAGUCUCACUACCGCAGCCUGGAGAGGCUCAGUAUGGGAGGGAUGAGCCAUUCUACCAGCGCUCAGAGCAGACUGAGACAGUGGAGUGAGGACAGGGAGGCAGUUUUGGUGAGGAGUCUCCGCAGGCUGAGGGAGCAGAUAGUGAGAGCAAACCUCCUGGUGCAGGAAGCGUGUUUUAUCUCAGACGAGCUGGAGCGUCACACAGAGUACAGAGUCACCCUGCAGAUCCCAUCAGACAACCUCAAUGCAAACCGCAAGAGAGAUGCAGUGCUCAGUGAACCAGCUAUUCAGGUUCGAAGGCGGUGUCGAGGCAAACAAAUUUGGAGUUUAGAGAAGAUGGAGAACCGUCUGGUUGACAUGAGAGAGCUUUACCAGGAGUGGCAGGACUAUCACCUCCAUCACCAAGACAACCCAGUAAUGCGUUCGUACUUCCGUCGAGCAGACCCGUUCUUCGAUGAGCAGGAGAAUCACAGUCUGAUCGGCGUCGCCAAUGUUUUUCUUUCAUGUCUGUUCUACGACGUGAAGCUGCAGUACGCUGUUCCUAUCAUUAACCAAAAGGGAGAGGUUGCUGGACGCUUGCAUGUGGAGGUGAUGAGAGUGGGAGGGGGCUUAGAGGACAACAUGGUGGGGGGAGAUGAACCUGACAACAACCAGGACUCUGAAUUUGAGGACCGCAAACUGGUCUACUCGAUAAAGAUUUUGCAAGCCACUGGUCUUCCCCAGCACCUGUCCAACUUCGUCUUCUGUCAGUAUUCGUUCUGGGACCAGUCUGAGCCCACCAUCGUGGCACCGGAAGUGGACCCUUCUUCCUCGUCACCUAACUCCAAGGACCCACACUGUAUGGUUGUGUUUGACAGCUGCAAGGAGCUAGCGGUGUCGGUAACGGAGGAUUUCAUCGAGUAUCUUACUGAAGGAGCAGUUGCCAUCGAGGUGUACGGACACAAACAGUCUGACGCAGGGAGGAACCCCGCCCUGUGGGACCUCAGCAUCAUCCAGGCCAAAACACGCACGCUACGAGACAGAUGGAGUGAGGUCACACGUCGCCUGGAACUAUGGAUUCAAAUCCUGGAAAUAAAUGAAAAUGGAGACUUUGUUCCAGUGGAAGUAGUUUCUGCUAGAGACGUGAGCACAGGGGGAAUCUUCCAGCUUCGACAGGGACAAUCGAGGCGAAUCCAAGUGGAUGUGCGUUCAGUUCAGGACUCUGGAACAAUGCCUCUGAUAGCAGAGAUAGUGCUAGCAGUGUCGGUGGGCUGUGUGGAGAUCAGAAACAGCACAGCAAACCAGGAAGGGGAUGAGAUGGACAGCUACCAGGAGAGAGAUCUGGAACGUUUGCGGCGGCAGUGGUUAGAUGCUCUCACCAAGAGACAGGAGUACCUGGACCAGCACCUGCAGAGCCUGGUUAGCAAAGCAGAAAAGACAGAGGAUGAUAUGGAGAGGGAGGCCCAGCUGCUGGAGUGGAGGUUGACUCUCACUGAGGAGAGAAAUGCUGUUAUGGUGCCGUCUGCUGGCAGUGGCAUUCCUGGAGCUCCUGCAGAAUGGGCUCCUCUGCCAGGGAUGGAAACACACAUUCCCGUCCUCUUCCUGGACCUCAAACCCGAUGACCUCAGCUCUCAAGAGCAGUUUGAAGUGCCUGAGGCUGGAGGCUGGGAUGCCACUUUGAAUGGAGAAGACGAGGAUGACUUCUUCGACCUGCAGAUUGUUAAACACUAUGAUGGAGAGGUGAAAGCAGAGGGAUCAUGGGAUUCUACUGUCCACGAGUGUCCCCAGCUCAGUCGUGGUGGGUCAUGGCCAGAUCAGCGCGUCUACCUGACGGUUCGAGCGGUGGUUCAGCUUAGUCACCCAGCCGACAUGCAGCUGGUCCUGAGAAAGAGGGUCUGUGUCAACGUUAACCCGGGCCGCCAGGGCUUUGCCCACAACUUUCUCAGGAGAAUGUCUACCCGCAGCACAAUACCUGGCUGUGGUGUUACCUUCGAGGUGGUUUCCAACAUUCCUGGGGACGCUCCAGGUUCAGAGGACAGGGAGAUGCUGGCCCGGCUAGCGGCGAAUGCACACCACAGCCAGUCAGGAGAUGACGAGGCUGCCAUUGAGAAGUACCUUCGCAGCGUAAUGAGUCUGGAGAACAUCCUGACUCUGGAUAGACUCAGACAGGAAGUAGCAGUGAAGGAGCAGUUGGCAGGCAAAGGGAGGAGUAAUAGGAGGAGUCUGAGCUCUCCUUCGGUUCACAGGCUGUCUGGAAGCAGGCAGGACCUAUCCACGUCUUGCCUGUUGGAUGAUAAGAGUCGAUGGGAGAGUCAGCAGGAUAUCUUCAUCCCCACUCACCGCACCCUCCCUCGCCCGGCUUCGUCCCCGUCUACUUACUCCACCUCCCCCUCUUCAUCAGCUAUGCCCUUCAGUAUGACCCCCCCACAGAACCCGGAACCAGAGCAAGGUCGUUUAGGACUUGCUGCCUCUUAUCUUUCAGUUAAGGCCCUGGUUCCUCAGAUGCCCAAACUGCUCAAGUCUCUGUUUCCUGCACGGGACGACAAGAAAGAGCUCAGACCUUCGCCUCAAGGCCAGCAGCAGCAUGUGCCUCGUAUUGUGACAUCAUCAGGAGGGGACGAUGGCAGAGCCAAGCUUGAGACGGCUGUUGUCCUACGGCCCGCUCCCAAAGACAGAAAGACAGAGUUUCCAGAUGUCCCUCCUCUUCCUGUGCAUGACCCGCAUGACACCACCCCCCUCAGCCCCCUCAGCCAGUCGUCAAGCGGCUAUUUCUCCGCUAGUGUUUCUACGGUUACCCUGUCUGACGUCCUCCAACCCUCCGCGUCGUCGUCAUCCCUCCUGGGUGCAGACACGGCGUCACCCUCAAACCUUCAGCAACAGGGUGCUGACAGGAACGAUGUUGUGACCUCUCCUCCUCAGUGUGGCGCUAAGACGACAGUCGUAGCAUCCAAUCACAACAACGUCCCAGCAGAGCUUUCCUUCUCUGACCAGACGCUCGUCAACUCAGGAACAGGCGAAGGCUUUGAGAGGCUGGAGAUCUUUGUGGAUGACGAUGACCAUAGUCAUGACGAUGUACCACCUGAUUGGCUGACAGAAGGGGCGUAUGUGACUGUAGGAAGCAACAAGGCUGGAACUGUGCGCUAUGUGGGGACGACACAGUUUGCCAACGGACUGUGGGUUGGAGUGGAGUUGGACACUCCAGUGGGUAAAAACGACGGUUCAGUGGGAGGUCAUCGAUAUUUCCUCUGCAAACCAGGCUACGGGGUGCUGGUCCGCCCAGAUCGGUUGUCACGCCGCGAUCGGACUGCUCGCCGAACGGCAGACUUUGCUCAGUCAGCCCACAUCCCUGUCUUGCGAGGGGAAGCCAUUGUAGGACGUAGAGGAGAGAACCGCAAGUCCUGGAGCAACUGAGAUGGGAGAGAGAAACUCCCCACAGUCAAUCUUCUCCCUCUGCUCUUCCUCUACUCCUAAAAAUGCAUCAGGCUUGGCCUGCUGCCUGAUAACAUGUAGCUGGAAACUAUACAUACUACUUAAAGUCAAAGAAAAUGAAUUAAAAACACACAUCAGUGAGUAUAGAACCUAUUUAGGAAAAAUGCAAGAGCAGAAUGACUACGCAGUCCAAGGAAGGACUGGUUACCACAUGGGAAAAUGUUUCUGUGGGAAGAAAUUAGCUAGGAUACUGAGAGUGAAUGGAAGCUUAAGUUGUCUGUCUGACGCUUAUUCAGAGAUCCUCUCUGAGACGAUACGCAGGGAUAUAAACUCGUCAUGUUCUUCACGAUCCCAGCUGAGAAGCUCCUGGGUUUUCUGACAUGGAACAGUUUGUAAAACACCAUAAAACAUCUGAUCCAUAACCUCGCCUUGACAUACUGACAGAGAUGGAAAUGAUAGGAUUUGUUUUUGUUUUUUUAUAAAUAAGGAAAUAGAAAUGGACACAAAACACUUUGACAAACAUUUUUAGAAGAAAUGUUUGCAUCCCUGCAUAUCCCCCCUGCCCACCCAGUGUCCCAGAAUACACCACAACGACUGCCGCCCUCCUGAACUCUGCAGGUCCAGUUCGCAGCCUUUGAAUCUGCAGGAGCCUUGUCGCUCCCUUCUGGACUCUUUUUGCUUUUCCGACAGAUCCUCCCAGAACGUGCCUUCGCCAUGGUCUGGUUUGUGUUUUUUUCUCUGUUUUGUAGAUUUGUGUUCUGUUUGCUGUGUUUGUGUUGAAGAGAAAGCCUCAUGCAAAGUGUGAGGUGAUCUCAGGGACUACAGAGGAUGGGAUUUGUGUGUGUGUUUGUGAAAUGUACAGAUUAUGUAAAUGUCAUGUUUUGUAACAAGAGGAAACCGCGUGGGGCAGCAGGAAGAGUUGCGUCCUGGUCAGGAAAAGCCACAAUGGGUUGAAUUUUUGCACUGGGGGCGUUGGAGGAAGAGCAUCUGUACAUGAGCACAAUAUGAGCGUGGCUACGCCGCCUGUGGCUGAAGCAGCGUGAAGAUUUCUGAUGAUGGCUUCGCCUCCAUCUGCCUGCUGUCAUUUUACUGUAAGUGUAGACAGAAAGAGGAUGUGUUUAGGACGGGUUAGAGAGUUUCUGCUGGAUACAUCCAGCCUCAGAAAAGAGCUGAUUUUAUUCUAUGCAUAUGGUUUUAAAGAGAGCCUAGUUUUUAACCUGAGUUUUGAAAUCUGACACAGCUGGGAAAAUGAGUGUAUUUUGGGAGAGCGUCGGCUAUAUUCCAGACGCACCCGGUGAAGAAAACGCGACAUGGUGCAGCAAACUUUGGGAGGUUUUAAAUUAGUCUUUCUAACUUGAUGAAACAUUCCAGCGGGAUUUUAACCUAAAGAUUGAACUAUAAAGAUGUUUUCAGGACUCCACAUUCUAUCUUUUUAAGUACUGUACUAGAUGGCAUCCAUUUGCAGUACUAUCAGUUGGAUAAAGGGUAAGUCCACCUGGUUUACCGAGGUUUUUCUGCUCUACUGAGGUUAGAGGGAAAAAGCAUUGGAGCCAUGAUGUGUAACCAAGUGGGCAAAAGGCCUGAGCUGACGGUCUAUAAAAAGGUGGAAGAGGAAUAUUUAUUGUCUUGGGACACUUUAGCCUUGUGUUACUAACGCAGCCCACUAUGUUCCUGUUUUACCUGAUGAAGACAGAUGGAGUUAUGUUUAUGGACGUCUGUCCACAUUGUGCUGGUCCGAUGUUUAUAUACACUCUUCAUCAACAUGAAUGUCGUAUUUGUUCUGGACUUAUAAUUAAGCAUAGGGCUUUACCCAACGCAGAAGAAAAGUGUAGUAGCACGCUUUGUUCUUCGUCUUUGCUGCCAUACUUUGUGUUUCUUUUGUCUCCAGCUUUGACCCGCCCACGGGUUAUGUCAUGGUUUGCGCAGAAAAACCAAGUAUUCUUCGGUGCCCGAGUGGAACCUUGGUUCAUGCUCCAGGUAAAGAUGAAGCAGGCUAAUAAUAAGCCCAGUCCAUCUCAAAUAAUCAGCCAACAGGUUCUGAACUCUACGGUUCGUUGUCACCUUUUGAUUGAUAAAAGAAAUGUGUCUCAGUUGGAAAAACAAUAGGUAAAUGCAUAAUAAAAAUCCCAAAUUAAAAUGACCUUCACACUGAUGAAUAAUGUACAUAACGUUGUGACAAGCACCGUAUACAGAGGACUCUAUAAAGAUCUCGUAACGUGGAUGAUGUAAAGAUGUUUGGUCAUUAAAUUAUAGGUAAUACUCUUAUUCGUGUUAAACCCUCUCCUCGUGUCUGAGGAAACCAGUGGGAGUUCAUCUAUUUUAUACUGUGUAUUCUUUAUUUGAGAGGUAAGCGUUGCUUGUACACAGGCUUUUAUCGCACAGGAGCUGAAUGAUUAUUGCACAAAUUAUUUAACGGAAAUUGCUGCUAUGAGCGAUGUAAAUAUACUUGUUAAUGAAUCGAUUGAUUUUUUUCUCUCCAUCUCUUGCUGUGUGGAUUUUAAUUGUUUUUAAAAAGCUAAAGGGUGGUGCAGACAGGUUGGGUGGUCAAUAUUCUUUAGGUGAUAUUGAGGCACUUUAUCCUGUGAGCAGGGAGGAGGAGGUGGUAGGAACAGACACAUCAGUGUUCUUAAAAGAAAUGAGACAGUUUAAUGUUGAAAUUGCAAUAACUUUGAAAUAAAUAUAAGGUGUGACAACAGUAUCUCACUAGAAAAAUGAGUUUAUGUGAGCAUUUUAGGCAUGGGUUGAUUAAUGUUAUCUGCAUACAUAAAAGGUUUUGAACGGUUACGGUUUCAAAGCCAUUAAAAUUUCCAUCAUUGUGUUCCUGUGCUUUCAAGACAUUUGAGAGACCAGAAAGUGCAGCAUUGGCUGGAGUUUUCUUCAGCUUUUUUGUUGUUGUGUCUAAAGUUGAUCAGCAGGUUUUAAAGUGCUUUGUUGUUUGGAGGAUUUUACUUUUUUCUGGCUUUAUUGUUCUAAACUGGUGGUAAUGAAGGAAAGCAGUAAGUUUUCUGGUGUGUGUGUGUGUGUGUGUGUGUGUGUGUGUUGUGUAGAUCCGCUCUGAGUCAGAUGGAAAACGAUCACCAGCUGCUUCCUGUGAGGUCGCUGGACCUUUCUUUUCUAGUCCAGGCUCAGAAGCGGUCAAUAUGGGGAGGGGGCUGAGAUCACUUCAGACUUCUGGUUCCUUUAUGUUGCUGUGCCUCAGAAACCAGGUUUCUUUCACACAUUUUUUUAUAUCUACUACACUUUGCACAGAGGGGAUAGAAGUGCUUGGAUGAAGACACACCUGUUCGGGAUUUUUUUCCAUUUUUAUUUGUUAUGUUUAUGUUCUUGAGCUACAAGCUCGUCUGUUCUUCAUUUACUUUCUUUUUAAACGAUUUGAAGUAAAAACAAGAAGAAAAAACCAAACACACUACACUUCAAGUUCUUAUUUUAUGUAAAAGCAGAGCUAAGCUCAGCUUUGUUGGUCCCAACAAACACUCUUCUGUAUAAAUCUGUACAUGUUUUGUAGGAUCCCAAAGGAUGGAUGAAAUCUAACUCACCUCCAGUGGGCUGAGCGACCCACAUCAUCUUCAAAGAACAAUAAAAGUGGUGCCAAGCCAGCAUUGUUAUUUAUGGAUCUGUAUCAGCCAUUAGAGGCACUUUACAUUCUCUUUUUAUUCCUAAUUAGAUCUUACAUAUGAGCCUUCAGACCCUCGCACUGUUUGCGUUUUUUUAUUGUGGUGUUCCGAGUGCUUCGUCUCCAGUCUCUAGCAUCCCCGUCUUUCAUGUGGCCUUCAGCCGGGAUGCAGAGGUAAAGGUGCAGUUUAUCAUGUUAAACUCUGGUUUCCUGCUGCACAGAAACGUGUUUCUGUUGGUCCUGUCAGGUUUAUCACUGCCUGUUCCCUCAGAAGGAAUGCCUAAAUUCGCCCCCUAGUGGCCGCCAGAAAACCUCAGCCAGAAGGGGCUUGUCUUCCAUGCAGGGGAUUUUACUUACAACCAGAAAAUCGGGAGUCUCAACCAUCCAGGAUCAAAUCGGAUAAAUUGAAGUUUCAGGAAUUUCCAUUUGGUUAAAACAAAUUUGGAAAUGUUCCACCUUUGAACUACCUCAAUCCUUGCUCCAGUCAUCUGGAUUGUUCUGCUUCCUUCUUCACUGAGACUUUUCUCCUGCUGAGUACCUGCUCCAGUGUGUUCUCCAACACCAAAAAGAACCACACAAACAAGCAAUACAUGGCUGUCAGGGGAUGCCACACAGCCUAGUUACAGGUGCAGCAUCCAACCAUUUCAACUAAUUUCAGAUCCAUCUCCUGUUUGCUUUUUAACAGCAGCUGGUAUCAAUGCUCCUCCCUCAUAUUAGUAACUAUACUUAUUUGGAUGAACUUUAAUGCUCAACCAUUUGUUUUUAAUGCGGCCUUUGGCCCGGUCAACGGUAUUACUAUAUCAUUGUAAGUUAUCAUUAUCAGUCACUGCUGCUGUUGAUUCUGUGGAGCAGGUGUGUCUGUCUGCAUCAUUUCUGUGCUUGUUCUCUGGAUGUAUGUGUACAUAUGCGCAUAUUAAGACUUAUAAAGGAGAGAAAUCUGAGCACAAGUUUGGGUUUUGAUUAAUUUAAUUGUUCUAUGUAAUAAUUUUAUGCUGAAUCCAAAGAAUAAACGUGUAUUAUAUUACAUUAACUUUCAUUUUUAAUCAUCUGAACAGUAAAUAGAUUAAGGAGAAUAAAAAACGCUAUGUUAAGAGGA